AUGCAGGGUCAGCUGCCAGAUGGGCAGGAAAUCGCAGUGAAGAGGCUCUCCAAGACGUCUGUCCAGGGGCUCACCGAAUUCCAGAACGAGGUCCAGCUAAUUGCCAAGCUCCAGCACCGGAAUCUCGUCCGGCUUCUCGGCUGCUGCGUUGACGGCGACGAGCGGAUCCUUAUCUACGAGUAUAUGCACAAUAAGAGCCUGGACUCCAUCAUCUUCGGUCCGCCCCCUUUCUCCUCCUAGGUUUUCAGUUCCAGGGAGUCGAGCAAGCAGCAUCUUUCCCUUCUUAUACUGCUUUCCCCGCUUGAGCAGACAACGAGAAGAGCACCCUUCUGAACUGGCCGACUCGCUUCAAUAUCAUCGUCGGGGUGUCUCGGGGCCUGCUGUACCUCCACCAGGACUCGAGGUUCAGAAUCAUCCACCGAGAUCUCAAGGCCAGUAACAUUCUCCUCGACAGGGAGAUGAACCCCAAGAUCUCCGACUUCGGCGCGGCGAGGGCCUUCCGCAGCGACAGGGACGGCGGCGCAGAGAAAACCUGCAAAGUCGUUGGUACCUAGUACGUAUCUCCCUCUGCUGUGGGUCUUCCUCGCCAGCGGCCUUUUAACAUUGUGCUCGCGGCGCAGCGGGUACAUGUCGCCGGAGUACGCUAUGCACGGCGCCUUCUCCAUCAAGUCCGACGUCUUCAGCUUUGGCGUUCUCGUGCUGGAGAUCAUCAGCGGCAAGCGGAACAAGGGCUUCUACUACGACGACUCCUUCAUGAACAUCACUCAGCUCGUACGCCCCCCUCCCCCAUCACUCUCCUCCAUCCCCCUCCUUCCAAGGAGCAGCGCCCUAACAAUGGUGGGAGAAGCUUUUGCAGGCCUGGAAGCUGUGGACAGAGGGGGACUGCUCGCCGCUGGUGGACGAGGCCAUGGCGAACUCCUACUCGCCGCCGGAGCUGACGAAAUGCGUGCAGGUGGCGCUGCUGUGCGUGCAGGAGCGUGCCGAGGACCGGCCGAAUAUGGCAACGGUGGUGACGAUGCUCGGCAGUGCCGGCCCUGCGCUGCCGCCGCCGAAGCAGCCGGGCGUCGCCGCCACCGAGAGGAGACCUGUGAAUUCGUCAUCGGUCUACACCCGCGUGGAGGAGUCUCUCACCGUGAACCAGCUCACGGUCACAAUCCUCCGUGGAAGAUGA